AUGUCUCACACGCCGGUCCGCGACCGGAGGGGUGCCCCCAGGCGGGCAGCGCACGGCCUGCGCUCCAGCUCCAGCGCUCCGCUGGCCGCGGCCGUCGCGGAGGCCAACAUCAUGCACGCCGUGGCGCUCAUGGACCACAUGGCCCGCCACCACGGGCUUCCGGGAGCGGGGAGGAAGGUCGCUGCGCGCCGGCCAGGGGAGGCGCCUACGUUGGCGCAGCGGUACGGCCUUGUGGCCGCCCCGCCCGCGAAGCUCACCACUUCGGAGUGGAAGGCCGUCAGGGAGAAGUCGCGCGCGAGGGGCGACCUGACGAGCCGCUGCGCGAUCUGCCUCGACGGCUUCGGGAACCAGAAGCAGACCCUGCUGUCGUGCUCCCACGUGUUUCAUAGCACAUGCAUCAAGUCGUUCGAACGCUACGCAGGCGUCCGCGUGUGCCCCAUAUGCCGCGCGGAGCAGUACCAGGCCACGGACGUCCGCGACGGGCGACGCGCCGCGCGGCGGGCGGCCGCGGUGCGCAUCCAGGCGUGGUGGCGCGGCGUCCUCGGGCGCCGGCGGGCGCGCGAGCUGCGCCGCACGCGGCCCCCGCGGGACCCCGCCCUGCGCAGGAAGUGGCUCGAGGAGCGCCUGUCAGACCACACGGACCGCGUGCUUGCAUCGCUCCGGGACGCCCCCGCGACGGGCGGCGACGGUGCGUCCGAUCUGGACGCGUUCCUGAAGGAGAUGGACCGCGGGAUGAGUCAGGCCCGGACGGUGUGCGACCGCGCCGUGAAUGCGUCGGUGUUUCGGCGGUUGAACCGCGGGCAGCCGCUGGACGAGAGUCUGGGGCAGCUGCUGACGCAGCGCGUGGAGGACGAGGAGCGGCGGAUGUGGGCGGAGGAGGAGGCGAGGCAGCGUGCGGAGGAGCAGCACGCGCAGCGGUUGGCGCGGGCGCAGCGGCAUGCGGAGCACAAUGCGCGCGUGCGGGCGGCGGUGUUCGGGGCCGCGCAGGGGCGUGGAGGAGCCGGAGCCGCGGGCAGGGCGGCGGAGGUCGUGGACGACGCGUCGUUCGAGGAAUACCGAACCAGGUCUGCCAUUGAACGGAUUCAAAGCAGGGCGCGCGCGGCGGGCGUCCUGCCGCGCCGCAUCGAUGCCAGUGGUGCCGCAAGCGGCUCGGGCGAGGGUGCGCCGCGCCCGGGAGGGGUCGCGCUGGAGGAGGGCCCGGCGGCGGGGGGGGACGUGGGGGAGUUCUACGACGAGGGCGCGGGGGUCAAUUGGGACGCCGUGGUGGCACGCGUGCUGGAGCGCGGGGCGCUGGACGAGGACUGUCCGAUCUGCAUGGGCGCGAUGAGGCGGGAGACGAGCGACUGCGGGGCGCCGCAAGCCGUCGCGUGGUUGUCAUGUUCGCACGUGUUCCAUGCGCGGUGUCUCGCGGCGUUCGAGACGUUCGAGGAGGCGCGGUGUCCGGGGGGGCGGACGUGUCCGGUGUGCAGGGGGCCGUACGCGCGCAGGUUCAGCGCCGUGCCGGCCCGAUAG